GCCGCGCGUGGCGCUCGUGCCUCGAUUAAAGUCACACAAGUUAUUGUUGAUCACCGUUCUCUCUAUGACCCAUUUUCACCGCGUAUUCCUGUCUUUAAACUGCUACUUUGUUCGGAAUAAACUUAUAUUUGUGUAAACUGCGGUAGCCUGCACCGAGGACGUUCCUACCUCAUUGGAUUAUCAAGUUGUACAUACUUGUAGAUAAAAAGCGGUCGAAAUUUUACGAGCAAGAGCAACAAUAAUUGAUCAAGAUAGGGCCAAUCACAGAAUUGCGAUGGCCAUCUGGUGGAAAAAAAACUCAAGAGGACAACAACAUUGCAAUUCAUGUCAUUCCACCAGAUGGAGAAGAAGAUGACGAGUUCGUGCCGCCGUUGCGCGUGCGACGAAAACUCAGCACACCUCUCAGCUCAGUCCCCGGUUCGAUGGAUGGAUUUUCGGGUCAAGAUCUUCUUCGUACAUCACCAAUGCGCUGUCUGUCUCCUUUAGAUCGUACCAAACGCCGCUUUAGUACCAUGGUGUCCAGUGCUGCGGCCGCUGCCGUUUCGCGCCGACUUUCCGCCACCAUCGGCUGGUGUCUCGCGACAUCAACACAAGUGAAGCCCCAGAUCGUAAGACAGGGACGAGCGUUAUGCCUACAAUACAUAAAAACUCAAAUACGCCGGUCGCCUACCUGUCCAAAAAAGCAAAUAGUUCUUAAGCGUCUUCAAAGAAUGUUGGAAACAGAAUGCGGAGAAGAAGCUGUUAAUAACACGGACACUGGAGUGCUCGCUGCUUUACGCGCCCUCUGCGCUGCUUUAGAGAGGAAAAGGCCUGACGCUUUCAGACAUGUAGCGAGGCAAGCUACCCGUGCUCCAUCCGCUAUGUUGCGUUCAGACACUGCGCUCGCUGAACUGACCCUUGCACUUGCCCGCCGCAUCACCAGAGAGAAUAUUACAUGGUCCAAGAUUGCAGCCGUGUACUGUAUUUGUGGAGCUCUAGCUAAAGAGGCGGCGGAGGCUGCAGAUGGCGAACCAGCUCUUGAAUUGGUGGCAGCACCAGCAGCAGCUAUUGCGGAUCUGUUUCACGAGGAUCCAGGAUCAUGGAUCGCCUCACACGGUGGAUGGAAUGGACUUAUAGAACGUCUUCGAAUAAGUGAACGGGAUCACCGAUCUGAAAAGACACUUCGAGUAAUGGUUUCAUUCUUUGUGAUGGCUUGUCUCGUUCUACUUCUGUUACGAUGGGUUCUACGUGCACAUCCGGCUUAUUAUGAUUGAUUAUGUACCUUUAUAUAAAUAAACACUAAAGUCAAACUGAUUUUUCAAGGACACCAAUCGAGGUAUUUGAUAAAAUAAAUAAAAAAAAACAUCAGCAAUUACAUUUUCUUAUAGAAAUGUAUGACAGGCAUGUAGCUUCAUUUCGUUUAGUAACUCGUCUUAACAAUGCUUUUAUAAGUUCUGAAAAUAAACCAAAUUCAAUAAACGAAAAAUACCUACUCGGUUUUUUUUUAAUACUAUAGAUCUAUCAUGGAUUAAUCGAUAAAUAGCCAAUUUUUGAAACGCCACUUAUAGCAUAUUAUGUAACAAAAAAUAACGGGCCUAAGCUCUAGUAAAUAUUUUAUCAUAUCUAAUGAAAACAUUAUUUAAUUUACACAACAUAUAGGUUUUUAUGUAUUUAAUAUGUUCGUAUAUUUAAAGAAGGCAUAUAUCGUUUUUAUGAAAACUCGCCUGCAAUUUAUCUUAAAAUAUUCACUUGUAUUUUAAGAUAAUUGUUCCUGCAAUGUAUUAUUAAAUUUAUUAACAACAGCUGCGCUGUUUGUGUGCCUUUAAUAUGAAACUAGAAGGUAAGUACUUAAAUAACACGAAAACUUUAUAUAAAAAUAUUUCGUUGUAAAUUUAUAUAAAGCAUAGUAUUUUUUUUUAGAUAGGUAAUAACUUUUUUGUAUAUAGAGGAAAGCUUUUGCUUACCUGCUUAAAGUAUUAUAAUCUUCUUAAGUCUGUAUUAAUUUAUAAACAAUAUUUUAUGCAUAGUUUAAUAAAUAUAUAUUUGUAUGUGA